AUGGCUGAAGAAGGAGGAGGAGGAGGAGGUGUUAUUUGCGCGGGAACAGUAGUAACUGAUUAUGUAGUGAUCGUUGAUCAAUGGCCAUCAGAAAAUUCUCUAUCAAAUAUCCAUCGACAAACGAAAACAGGCGGUGGUGGUCCAUUUAAUAUCGUCAAAGACUUACGCGCAAUGGAUAAAAAUCUACCAUUGUCACUGAUUGGAUUAGUUGGCAAUGAUGACAAUGGGCAUUGGUUACGAAGUGUUUGUCAAAGUUCGAAUAUCGAUAUUGAACAAUUUCAUAUCACAACUGAUGAAACUCCAACGUCUUAUACGUAUGUUAUCAGUGUUGAAUCAACUGGUCGACGUACGUUUUUCAAUCAACGUGGCACAAACGCUCUACUAGAUGCGACACAUUUCGAUUUUGCUGAAUUAAUGAAGAAGAAACGUUACAAUGUGUUUUAUCUUGGUUAUUUAACAUUACUUGAUCAAUUGGAUAGCAUUGUCAAUAAUGAAACAGUGGCUGCACAAGUACUGAAACAAGCGAAACAAUGUGGAUUAGAAACUGUCGUUGAUUUUGUUAGUCUUCCCAAUGAUUCAUAUUCGAAAAUUGCUCAAUUAACAUUGCCGCACGUUGAUCAUUUGAUUCUGAAUGAGAUUGAAGCAGGCCUUAUUUUAAAUCAAUCGUUCCAACAAGGUACUUUUGCGCAUGUUGAACAAGCCGCAAGAUAUUUAAUGGAACAAUAUCAUGUUCAACGUACUGUAACGAUUCAUUUUGAUCGUGGUGCUGUUUGUAUUGCUCGAGAAAAUGAUUCUACUAUAGAAUCUUUCCAUCAAGGAUCACUGUUGCUUUCUGAUGGAUAUAUAAAGAGUGCUGUGGGUGCUGGCGAUGCAUUCGCUGCUGGGAUAAUUUAUGGAAUUAACAAAAAAUGGCCGGUUCAGGAGCGGUUACGUUGUGCUAUUUGUGUUGCUGCAAUGUGUUUGAAAGAUAUUACAUCUUAUGGCGGUGUUCGAGCUAUCGAUGAAUGUUUGCAAUUGAAAGAACAAUUUCAAUUUCGAACAAUCGAACCAUCCACGAUGAUUAUUGAUGUAAAAACCUGA